AUUUGAACAAGAAAUACUGAAAUGGACGUUAUUAUAUAUAAAAAUCAUAAUAAGUCGAGCAUUUUUUUUUACCGAAUAUCAUAUAUACAUUGUUUAGAUCACGUAUCAAACUGUCCCUCUAGUAUUUAUUAAUUUGAUGUUUAUGCUAUCAAUAGAAGCCGUUUGUACGUUUUCCUUUGUUGCAACUAGUCAAACAAAUAAUUCGUGAUCAUCGGCUGUUUUAAGCUGUCUUAUUUUAAAGUCACAGAAUUAUAAAAUCGAAUUGAAUGAAGCGUGUAUGGGGCAAACACACUCUAAAAGCCAUAGCCGAAAGAGGCGUCUGCUUGAAUUAGCUAUGAUGCUUGCGACAAAAAAUAACUUUUAUGGUAUCUAAUCUGAAUGGUUCACUGAUUAAAAACAUGGCGCAUUUACCUCGCCAAAGUAACUGCUUGAGCUUAGUGAACGUCGUGUUUUUUUUAUUUUUGGGAAGGACGUUAGCGGAGAGCACAGUUAGCCACGCCAUUCUUCAGCGUCGACCCCUGUAUAACAACAUCCUCAACACUUCAUCAACACAGAACAAUUAUACCGGUAAUUUUGCUCAACGGCGGUGUCUAUCAUUAGCUGACGUUCUUCGAGGGAACAAGUUAGCUGGAAAUCAGUCUAAUUUAGAUUUGAAGCAAUCAGCAGGUGAGAACAUCUUUAAAAAAUGUGACGAACCUUCGAAGAAAGAUGGUGCUGCUAGCGUGUCAAAUGAAGAGGUUACUAAAGAAAGCGAGCGCGCAGAGACCACAGAGGAUCCUGAUUAUGACGACAUGAAGAAUAAAUCACUUUUCGUCAGAUUCAAAGAGUACUUUAAAAAAUACUGGUACUUGAUGUUACCGGUCCAUGUAGUGACGUCCACAAUAUACUUCGGCGCAUUCUACUACCUGGCAACUCAGGGCUUAUCUCCAAUACCGCUGCUCCAAUACUGGGGGGUACCCGAAAAAUACCUCGACUAUAUAACCGUGUCGGGCUUCGGCGAACUGGCUGUUGCUUUGGCUUUCUACAAAGUAGCUACCCCCCUCAGAUACCUGACGACGUUAGCCGUGGGCGGGGUCACGGUGAGACAACUAAGGAAGCGAGGUCUUCUGCGAUCGUCGUCUCAGAUCAAAAGCAUGGUCAAAAACAAAGUAAAAAAUAUAAAAGAGAAAAGAUCGUAAUUAGAUUAUUUGUAUAUAUGAAUGAAGUUCUCUAGGUGCUAAAACCACUGAACUGUUAGUGAUCGUUAACGGAUUAAUUAAUUAGAAACAAAUAAACUUACGUACUCGUUUUAGGUGUGUUAAAACUAUGCUUAUGGAGUGCUU